UACCCAGGUCCUUUAGAGCCUAGUCCUUUUGGGAGCCUUGGAACCACGGUCAGAAAGGUUAGGACGGAUCGUUUGGCUCUUGCCGGAAAUCGUUCCGCCCGGUGAGGUUUCGGCGUGAGACCCGAGAAGGGCGGGGAAGAGGCGUGACGGAGAUUUCUGAGGUGUAGUAGCCUGAGGUGCCCCUGUGUGGCCCUAUAGCUGUUACUGAAGGAAGUAGCCUACGUCCACGCCUACAACUGAAGUAACUUGACGAACACCUCACCCCUGCCUCCGGGAUGAAAGUGGGUAACCUAGACCUGAAUGGGCUUGACCAUCUCACAACUGCUCGCGUGACGACCGCAUUCGUGGCAGGUAAGAAGAUUGCUGUAUCAACUCAAGAAAGCAGUAGCCUCACUGUCUUUGUAUUUUGAAUUGCAACAACUUUGAUAUCAACAAUGAAGCAAUGAUAUCUAAGAACAAAAGAGUAUUUGCCAACAGUCAUAAUUUCAAGUGAUUGUAUAAGCAGAAACAAGCUGUCACAGACCUGUGUGUCAGCUAAUAUAUGGAGAAUGCUUUCUUCUGAUGCUAUUUACUUAGAAGCAGUUCUAAUAUAAAUCAUUUCAAUUAUAUCUACAUCAAAUAAAAUAAAAAUGAGUGAAGCCCCCAGAUUCUUCGUUGGACCAGAAGAUACAGAAAUAAAUCCUGGAAAUUAUCGACAUUUCUUCCACCAUGCAGAUGAGGAUGAUGAGGAAGAAGAUGAUUCUCCACCAGAAAGGCAGAUUGUGGUUGGAAUAUGUUCCAUGGCAAAGAAAUCCAAAUCCAAACCAAUGAAGGAAAUUCUUGAACGGAUCUCCUUAUUUAAAUAUAUCACAGUAGUAGUAUUUGAAGAGGAGGUUAUUUUGAAUGAACCAGUGGAAAACUGGCCUUUAUGUGAUUGUCUUAUUUCUUUCCAUUCUAAAGGAUUUCCACUGGACAAAGCGGUUGCCUAUGCAAAACUCAGGAAUCCAUUUGUAAUCAAUGACUUGAAUAUGCAGUAUCUCAUACAAGAUAGGAGAGAAGUAUAUAGUAUUCUUCAAGCUGAAGGUAUUUUACUUCCUCGUUAUGCAAUUUUGAACCGUGACCCAAAUAAUCCUAAAGAAUGUAAUCUGAUUGAAGGGGAAGAUCAUGUAGAAGUAAAUGGGGAAAUUUUUCAAAAGCCAUUUGUAGAAAAGCCAGUCAGUGCAGAAGAUCACAAUGUUUACAUUUAUUACCCAACUUCUGCUGGUGGUGGAAGUCAAAGACUCUUUAGAAAGAUUGGAAGUAGAAGUAGUGUUUAUUCUCCAGAAAGCAAUGUACGAAAAACAGGCUCAUAUAUAUAUGAAGAGUUUAUGCCCACAGAUGGUACUGAUGUUAAGGUUUAUACAGUGGGUCCAGAUUACGCCCAUGCUGAAGCUCGAAAAUCUCCAGCACUUGAUGGCAAGGUGGAACGAGACAGUGAAGGAAAAGAAGUAAGAUAUCCUGUUAUUCUCAAUGCACGAGAGAAAUUAAUUGCUUGGAAAGUCUGCCUUGCUUUUAAGCAAACAGUUUGUGGCUUUGAUUUGUUACGGGCCAAUGGACAGUCCUAUGUCUGUGAUGUCAAUGGCUUCAGUUUUGUGAAAAAUUCCAUGAAGUAUUAUGAUGACUGUGCAAAAAUACUUGGAAAUAUUGUAAUGCGAGAACUGGCUCCACAAUUUCAUAUUCCGUGGUCAAUACCCUUAGAAGCUGAAGAUAUCCCAAUUGUACCAACUACAUCUGGAACUAUGAUGGAACUUAGAUGUGUCAUAGCUGUUAUACGUCAUGGGGAUCGAACACCAAAACAAAAAAUGAAAAUGGAAGUGAGACAUCAAAAAUUUUUUGAUCUUUUUGAAAAAUGUGAUGGAUAUAAAUCAGGGAAAUUAAAACUCAAAAAACCAAAACAGUUACAGGAAGUGCUAGAUAUUACACGACAGCUUCUUAUGGAGCUGGGACAAAAUAAUGAUUCUGAAAUUGAAGAAAACAAGCCAAAACUUGAACAACUUAAGACUGUAUUAGAGAUGUAUGGUCAUUUUUCUGGAAUAAAUCGUAAGGUUCAGUUGACCUAUCUCCCUCAUGGUUGUCCUAAAACAUCUAGUGAAGAGGAGGACAGCCGAAGAGAAGAACCAUCUUUACUUUUGGUUCUAAAAUGGGGAGGUGAAUUAACUCCUGCAGGCAGGGUCCAGGCUGAAGAACUUGGAAGAGCUUUCAGGUGUAUGUAUCCUGGAGGUCAAGGAGAUUAUGCAGGCUUUCCUGGUUGUGGUUUACUUAGAUUACAUAGCACCUACAGACAUGACCUCAAAAUAUAUGCCUCUGAUGAAGGACGAGUCCAGAUGACUGCAGCUGCUUUUGCAAAGGGGCUUUUAGCUUUGGAAGGAGAGCUUACGCCCAUUCUUGUUCAAAUGGUGAAAAGUGCAAAUAUGAACGGUCUUUUGGAUAGUGAUAGUGACUCUUUGAGCAGUUGUCAGCAACGUGUGAAGGCAAGGCUUCAUGAAAUACUUCAGAAAGACAGAGAUUUUACUGCUGAAGAUUAUGAAAAGCUUACUCCAUCUGGAAGCAUUUCUCUUAUCAAAUCAAUGCAUUUAAUUAAAAAUCCUGUGAAGACCUGUGAUAAAGUUUAUUCCUUAAUUCAGAGUUUGACUUCUCAAAUCAGACAUCGAAUGGAAGAUCCCAAAUCAUCAGAUAUUCAGCUUUACCAUAGUGAAACAUUGGAGCUUAUGCUACGUAGAUGGUCCAAGUUAGAGAAAGACUUUAAAACAAAGAAUGGAAGAUACGAUAUUAGUAAAAUCCCUGACAUAUAUGACUGUAUAAAAUAUGAUGUCCAGCAUAAUGGUUCCUUGAAAUUAGAAAACACAAUGGAAUUAUAUAGGCUUUCGAAGGCAUUAGCAGAUAUUGUUAUCCCUCAGGAAUAUGGUAUAACUAAAGCUGAAAAACUGGAGAUUGCCAAAGGCUACUGUACUCCUCUGGUUAGAAAAAUUCGCUCAGACCUUCAGAGGACACAAGAUGAUGACACUGUAAAUAAACUUCAUCCUGUGUAUUCUAGAGGUGUUCUUUCUCCUGAACGUCAUGUUCGUACUAGAUUAUAUUUUACUAGUGAAAGUCAUGUACAUUCUUUGCUGUCUAUUCUUCGCUAUGGUGCCUUAUGCAAUACCAAUGAUUCUCAGAAUGAAGAUGGAGCAAUGGUGAAGGAGAUGGAAUCAAAGGAUGAACAGUGGAAAAGAGCUAUGGAUUAUUUAAAUGUUGUCAAUGAGCUCAACUACAUGACUCAGAUUGUUAUCAUGCUUUAUGAGGAUCCUAAUAAGGAUCUUUCUUCAGAGGAACGCUUUCAUGUUGAAUUACACUUUAGUCCAGGAGCCAAAGGUUGUGAAGAAGACAAAAAUUUACCUUCUGGCUACGGAUAUAGACCAGCUUCCAGAGAGAAUGAAGGCAGGAGACCUUUUAAAACUGAUAAUGAUGAUGAACCACAUACUUCUAAAAGAGAUGAGGUUGAUCGAGCUGUGAUAUUGUUUAAACCAAUGGUAUCAGAGCCAAUUCAUAUACACAGGAAGUCUCCACUUCCAAGAUCUAGGAAGAUGGCUACAAAUGAUGAAGAGAGCCCCCUGAGUGUGUCUAGCCCAGAGGGUACUGGUACCUGGCUGCAUUAUACCAGUGGUGUGGGUACUGGGCGUCGAAGACGCAGAUCAGGGGAACAAAUCACUUCUUCCCCUGUCUCCCCCAAAUCAUUGGCUUUCACAUCCAGUAUUUUUGGCUCAUGGCAACAGGUUGUAUCUGAAAAUGCUAAUUACCUGCGAACACCGAGAACUCUUGUGGAACAGAAACAGAAUCCUACUGUAGGGUCUCACUGUGCGGGCCUGUUUAGCACCUCGGUGCUCGGGGGUUCUUCAAGCGCACCUAACCUACAGGAUUAUGCUCGUACUCAUCGUAAAAAGCUGACCUCUUCUGGCUGCAUAGAUGACGCCACACGCGGUUCUGCUGUUAAAAGGUUUUCUAUCUCAUUUGCUCGACACCCAACCAAUGGCUUUGAAUUGUAUUCCAUGGUGCCAUCUAUUUGUCCUCUAGAAACUCUUCAUAAUGCCCUAUCUUUAAAGCAAGUGGAUGAAUUUCUUGCUUCCAUUGCUUCUCCAUCAUCUGAUGUUCCACGGAAGACCCCUGAAAUUUCCUCUACAGCUUUACGUUCCAGUCCAAUAAUGAGAAAAAAAGUAUCUUUAAAUACGUAUACACCUGCAAAGAUCCUCCCAACACCACCAGCUACCUUAAAGAGUACUAAAGCAAGCAGCAAACCAGCUGCAAGUGGACCUUCUAGUGCAGUUGUUCCUAAUACCUCAUCUCGGAAAAAGAGUAUAACUAGCAAAACAGAAACGCAUGAACACAAAAAAAACACUGGGAAAAAGAAAUGAAAUCUUAGCAGAAGCUGGAACUUUUUAUACUUAUAAAAAUAGUAUGUUCUUAUAUUUCUCCUUAUGCAUUAUGUGUUCACUUAAAAAAUGUUUUUAAAUCUAAGGGUUUCUUUGUUUAUAUUCAGGUAGGGAACUUUUGUCAUGAUCUGAAAAUGUUUAAAACAAUGUUUGUAGGCAUUCUGUGAGUAGCAAAACUUAGAGUGAUAAAAAUUGAUUGUUGUUAAUAUGAUGUUUACCAUGUGCACAUAGUAAUGAAAAGGAACAUAAAAGCCCAGCAGGCUCAUACCAAAGUCACACCAGUAAUGCUAUGUACUGCAGAGUCUGAUUAGAUGGCCUUUGUGCACACUUUUAUAUUCAUGGGAUUGCAUCUUAGCUGUAAAAACUUCUAGGUUGAAAUCUGAUAGCCAGGGUUACAUACUGGGGACUUUUAAAGUAUCUUUCCAGAGAGAUUUCAUUAACCGUUUAGAUUAGAAUAUCUUUCCCAAUUGUUACAGUGACAUAUAUGCUGCAAUAUUUAACAACUGGAGUAUUAGCCACAUGGGCUAAUUUUCAAUCUGUGUUUUGAAUUUUUUUUAUUAUAUGUUAUUUAAAAUAUUACAUAUGCAGCUGGGAGAACUACACCUUUGUGCACAUAGAUUUAUAUAUUAAUUUGUAGAAAAUAUUUUCUUUAUAUAUUUCCUUACCAUACAAGGUGCCUUGUUCAUCAGGAAAACUUUUGUUUCAUAUGUUGACAAGAAAGGCACCUUUAGAGUUUCUUUUUAAGUAUAGUUGACAAAUGUAUAAAUGUUACAUUUAUUUUCAGAGUUCUUUUUAGAUCUAAAGAAGUCAGUUCAAAAAUGGAAAUCAACAAUGUUAGGAGAAAUCUGAAUUCUGUUAAGUUAGUACAUAUUAUGUAUAGCAUCUGUUUUUAACCAUUUCCAUUCUUAUCCCUAGUGUAUCAGUUGAUCACACUAAGAAAGCUUAAAGAUUGAACAUUUGAAAUAAAUGCUGUUUAUAAAUGAUUAGAUUUUUGAAGGGAUAUUGAAAUCAUUGUGCUGUGAUUUCAUCUAUGAUAUGAAAAAUAAAUUUAUUAUCCUUGGUGCUUUUCCCCUCAACCAAUGCACAAAUAAUUGUGAACCACUUGAAAUGACUUAAACUGGUAAUCCAAAUGGGACAAUCUGAUAAGAAUUUCAUGUAUUGCUAGUUAAAUAACUUAAAUUGCUAAAGCUUUAGCUUGAAACUUAUGUUUAGAAAAACUAUUGAUUUCCCAUGGUAUGAAUAUAAGUAUUGUAAUUCUUCAAAAGAGACUCUUCUCACCUUAGUCAUAUAUGAAUUAACUUAUAGGAAAUAAGCAUACUCUAUGUUAGCUGUUUUAAAAGGUACCAGAUGUAAGAGUUAUAAAUAUAUACAAUUAAAGAAGUUCAUGUACUUCACAUGAAUGUAAAUGUGUUAUAUGGAGACAUGUCUUGUAAACAGUUGAAUGUAUGUAAGUUUUCUGUUUGUGAAAAUGUAGUUAAUGUACUCACUGUGGCGGUAAUAAGGAAUCUACUUUUUUUUUUUUUAAAGUGGAACCUAAUUAAAAUAUUUCCAGAAUCAAAGAGA